AUGAUCGGAAUUGAGCAAAUGAAUGAGCAAUUGCGAAAAUUGCAAAUUUCCAAUAAAGCAAGUCAGCACAAAUUGAAUCGAUUGAAUGAAAGGAAAAAGUGUCUCGAAGAUGAUUUAAAUCGGUUGGCUGAUGUUUCGUCGAAAAUUGAACGAGAUAUUUCCGGCGAUUUAAUGCACACUAUUGAAGAGCCUUUGGAUAUGGAAGUCAUUUGUGCCGAGCAAUUCCAGAAGAAAAUGAGCAAAUUGCGUAUAUUGUUGAGCGAAAUCAUUGUGCGAACUUGUUUCAAUGAACGGGCAAUGUGCACAGAAAUUGGACAUCAGGAAUCUGAAUUCGAAUUGAGACUUCGCGAAUCAAUCGAUGCUCGAAAUGAGCUGUUCAACAAAAAGAAAUGUGCUCAAGAUAGAUGCGAGGACCUUAUUCGUCGACAUGCCCAGCUAUUGGAGCUCGUACAACAACUCGAGCAGAAAAUGGAAGUGUUUGAUUGCUCACGAUGGCUGCUGAAUGUCGAAUCUCGCCGAGUUUCAGACUUGCUCGAUCGGACUAGAAGAGAACCGGCAAACGAGCCGCCGAAAGUUCGAAUUCCUGAAAUGCCGGUGCACACAAAAGCGCAGAUAAUUAAUUCGAAUGCGAGCUUGCUUCAUACACAUUCGUCGAUUUCGCAUGUUGAUUUGCCUCAAAUCACAGAAUUUCCGAUAUCGGCCGGUCCUCAAGUUGCAUUGAAACCGAUUCCGAUUGCUAGAUCUCUGGAAAAAAGAAGUAAAAAAUCGAAAAAAUCAAAGAAAUCGAAGAAGAGGGGCUCAAAGAAGCCAUGCCCGAUUCAUCAUAAAAAUCCGAGAAAUAAUGAGAAAAGUGUAUUGCAAAUGAGUGGAGUUGAUUUGAUGGAACUGAUCUCAAAAGUGAUCACUGAUGAUUUAAAAUCGAAUCAACAACUAUAA